CAGUUCUUCGCGACGGCAGGCGGGACGGAGUUGCUGCUGCUGCUGCAGAGACAGGAUUAAAGCAGCACUGUGUCAGGACACUUCGGCUCUUUGAUAGACGCCGAGGAGCAUUGGAAUUUCCAGUUUAUGCUUUUUAUUUAUCAAUUUUGCCUUUUUAACAACAGUUAAUAGGAAAGAAGAUUAUUUUACGUACGCAUGUAAAGUACAGACAGAGGCCUCAUCGACUUGGACGUUUACUGUCGGGAAACUGGUUUACAUUUUUAUUUUGUCUCGGCUUCGGCUGCAGGAACUCAGCUGAGAGCGGGUUGAGCGAAAAGCAGUGACUGCAGGCACAGGGGAGAAACAGCGGGCGUGAUGGACAGCAGGAAGGCGCAGUUACUGCUCGCCAUAAAACAUACCGAAUCGGUGUGAGCAUUUUAGGGAGGUUAGCAAGUGACUCUGUCUUCUUUUCGCAGAUUUCUAUUCUACUCUUGUUAGGUUUCGAAGGACAACUGGUAUAAAAAGAAGGAAGAAUUAAAGGGGAGAUUAAGUGGUGGAUAUUAGAAGAAUGGGAAUGAACCAUUAAUAUCGCAUCCUUGGUUAAUGAGUGAGACCACCAACGUCAGAGGAACGGAAUUUACACACCUGCCUUAACCUCAUAAAUCGGACAACGUAAAGCCCUGAUGAAAGAGAGAGAGAGUUCCGUGGACCGGGCGUACCAGCGGACUACUGCAUUCUAAUCAGAUUACUUUAGCCUUGCUGGGAAGCAGCAGGACGAGUCGAGUUUUCGGAUUGGUUUCGCACUGCAGAUCGCUAGCUGCAACGUGGCCAUAUGCGCAACGUCCCGGUGUCAAAAGCGAACAGAGGUGCUUUCUAGCAAACGCAGUGUUAGGUGGGGGUGCCUGGCAAGCAGGGGCUGUUGGAUAAAAUCCAAAUAUAACUUAUUGCAUCUAACUAUAGACAUUCACACAGAGUCCCAAACGAAAACAGCGGGACAAAGAUAUACUGUUAGAAACAACUGGUAGGACCGAAGUACUUCCCAUUAUACUUAUUCUUUUGAGCAGGUUAGAGAAGAGGGGUGCGGUCUGUACUCCUGCCUAUACACAUUUCUUAUUUCAUUAGUUGAUAGUCUAUUUAAUAAUCUGUAAUAGGUUUGCUUUCAAGUGUGGACAUAUCUCUCAUUUAUUGAAUACUGAAUAUUAUUGCCCAAAGGCCAAUUUCGAAAUUGGCAUUUUCACAAAUGUAUUUUUAUGGUUAUAGAUCUAUAAAGCAAAACGGGCUAGAAGAAACAAGACACCCUCAAUUUCUUUUAUAAAUCAAAGAGCAGUUCUGUCUUUAAGAUUAGUAAUUGCAUUCAUACGCCAUAAGCCUCACCUUGAUAAUUAUUAUUGUGUAUCAAAAAGUUUUUUUUUUUUUUGUUUUUUUGCUAAAUUAAUUAGCACGCCUGGCCUCUUUAAGAAUAGUCUAAUUUUACAGAAGUCUCGACUCCAAUUUUGUACUUGUUUAAGCUUAGUUUUUAUUUACAGCGUUGAAAAAUUGUCACCGAUUGUUUUUGAUGUGUUUUUAUUCACGUUAAGACAGUUUUCAUCGUUGUGGAUAUGCAACUUCUUUGAAAUUAACGGCAACUUUCAACUUUUAUAUACAUUAUUUUUUGGCCGUUGCGAGAAAUUACUCAGGAUGGAUUUCAGCAAGAUGAUAACCCUAUGGAUUGCCUGCCUAUGUGUUUUGAACAGAAGUCACGCUGAUAAGUCGCAGACAGGCCCACUACAGCAUGCUGAUCAGGCGACAGAGCCAGGGUCCUCUGAUCUGUGCCGCAUUGAUGAACCACUUUGUCAUGAUGAAGAUGCCAUCCUUAGCUUUGAAGCCAUCCGCAGCAUCCACAAGCAAAUGGAUGAUGAUGCUAAUGGUAAUGUGGACAUGACAGAAACUGAUGGAUUUCUAAGAGAAGAUCUAAACUACCAUGACCCAAAAGCCAAACACAAUACCUUCCAUAGAGAAGAUCAGCUUAUCAGUGUGGAAGAUCUUUGGAAUGCAUGGAAGUCAUCUGAAGUAUACAACUGGACUACAGAAGAUGUGGUGGAAUGGCUUAUUGCCUAUGUGGAGCUGCCACAGUAUGAAGAGGCUUUUAGGAAAUUAGUGCUCAAUGGCAGUGCAAUGCCAAGGUUGGCUAUGAAGAAUGCUACACUGACUGGGUCUAUUUUAAAAAUGGUUGAUCGCAGUCAUGUCCAAAAACUACAGUUGAAAGCUCUUGAUACAGUGUUGUUUGGCCCACCAUUGAUAAAUCGUCACAACCACCUUAAAGACUUCAUGUUGGUGGUGUCAAUUGUUAUUGGAAUGGGAGGCUGCUGGUUUGCAUAUAUCCAGAAUCGCUACUCCAAAGAACACAUGAGGAAAAUGAUGAAAGACCUUGAGGGCCUGCAAAGAGCAGAACAGAGCCUUCACGACUUACAGCAAAAAUUACAAAUUGCGCAAGAGGAGCAUCGUACAGUUGAGGUGGAGAAGGUAACUUUGGAGCAGAAACUAAGAGAUGAAAUUAACUCAGCCAAACAGGAAGCCCAAAGAUUAAAAGAGCUGAGAGAGGGGACUGAAAAUGAACUCAGUCGACAAAAGUAUGCAGAAGAGGAGCUUGAACAGGUCCGAAUGGCACUAAAAAAAGCUGAGAAAGAGUUGGAAUCACGCUGUAGCUGGUCUCCACCUGAAUCACUACAAAAGUGGCUUCAACUCACCCAUGAAGUAGAGGUCCAGUAUUAUAAUGUCAAGAAACAAAAUGCUGAACGACAGUUGCUUCUUGCCAAGGAAGGAGCUGAAAAAAUAAAGAAGAAGAGGAACACACUGUUUGGCACAUUCCAUGUAGCACACAGCAGUUCUCUGGAUGAUGUUGAUCAUAAAAUUCUGUCAGCAAAGCAAGCAUUAAGUGAAGUGACUGCAGCUCUCAGAGAGCGAUUACACAGAUGGCAACAGAUAGAAUUCUUGACUGGUUUUACAAUUGUUAGCAACCCUGGCCUUCCUUUGCUUGCUUCGGCUCUGAACCUGGAUCCAAGUUUCAUGGGUGGCAGACCUCCACCCCAGCACUUCAUUAUGACCGAUGAUGUAGAUGAUAUGGAUGAGGAAAUGAUGUCUCCAGGAACUCUUCAAUAUGCAGCCUGGCUGAUGGACCGCAGAGUCAGCGAUCACUGGUCUAUUAGCUUGGAGAAUCAAUCGCUUUGGAAAUAUCAGGCUCCUAGCAUGCUUUCCUUGAGGCAGCGGCACAUAGACCCACAGAUGGCCAUGGGCUCCCAGAGGUUGGUAGAGAGUUGUUUUGGCCCAGGGCAGCAGGGUGAGGGAACACCUUAUCAAGCACGAGCUAGGGUGUCUCUGCGACAAGCACGCAGUCUUUCUUUGGGACAGUAUGAAACCUUUGGAUCUUCGGCUUCCACUCAUCCCUCUGUGAUCUGUGCAUCUUCCUCACCUUGUUCACCCUCUUCUUCCUGUAGCUCUUCCCCUGCUCACCCUGUAUUCCACCAUUACUCCCCCCAUUUUCAGCCAAUGGACACUAUUCCUGACCUUCCCCUUCCGGACAUCACCUAUGGAGUGCUUCAGCGAACAGAAAGCUUUGGGGAUCUGAAUCGUUCAGAUUCUGAUUCUUCCCUCUCCCAGCUUAGUGAGCAUCCUCGGCUAUCCAGCUCUUUUGGGUCUAGCUCAAAGUCACCACCCAUCAAACCUACAUCUUUCCUUCACAAUCCUUCUGCCAGAUUGGAGGAGAUACCAAUAAUUCAAAGCCACACUCCCAAUGGUGGGAAUCGACUCCAUGAAGGAGGAGGAGGAUUGACAGAGAGUCUGUGUGACAGCCCUUUAGUGAUGAAGAAGAUCUACUCUCAUGGAAUGGAAAAAUCAGCUAGUCUGGGUGAGAUCAACAGCAUAAUGGCAGGGCUUUCACAGUCUGAGUCAUCUCGGUCCUUGAGCCCCACUUCCACAGAGCCAGACACACCAUCUCCAACUGGGGAUUCCAAAGUAGGAACAGGUAGUAAAUCCAGUCGCAUCCCUCAGCUUUCAUCUAAGAAGAGCCCCAUUGAAGAAGACAGUGGCUCCACAGGAGAGGACACUGACAGUAAUGUCAGUCGAAAGAAACUCCCCAAUUUCAAAAUCUUUAAGAAACAGAAAAAGUAAUCUGUUUAGGAGUUAUAUGGCUGUUGUUUUUUAUGGAAUUGGGAUAAUUUGUUUAUGUUUGGGUAUGGGGAAAAGAAAUAUAAAAUUUAAAGGUGUUUUAUAUGUUGAAAAACAUCAGUAGAACAAGAAAACACUGGAUUGCAACUGCUUUGAACUAUGUGCUGCAAUUAAAGGAGUUUAAGAUAGCUAAAAAAUCGUGGGAGCAAUCAACAUUUCUUUUACAUUUUCAUAUGAUUAUUAUUAAUUGCACCUAUGAAAUGGGACAUAUAUGAAUGUAAAGUACUGUGUAUUCUGCAGGAAGAAGUGCCAGGUAUUUUACAAGCUUCUAAGGGAAAUGUAUCUCCAAAUAAUAUAUGUUCAUAUGGAUUUUUUGUUUGUUUGCAUGCUUUCAUUGAUUUAUUUUAGCAUAGUUUAGAUGCACUGGGUGUUAAUGGGGAAAAAAAAGAAAAAAUUUACAGUUACAUGAAAAAUUACCACAGUCAGAGAGUAACUGUUUAAUACACAUACAAUAUUCUAGUUAUAUCAAAGAUGUCAAAUAGAUGAAACCUGGGGGAUUUAAGAUAUGUCAGCAAAUAUAAGUCUGAUUAGCUUCUUUGUCUGUGUUCAAUAAUUAUUACAUUGAAAUUUUAGGGGUUAUUUUCAAAUGUCAGAUUCUCUUUUGUUUUAUAUUACCAUUAUGCUACUUUUUCAUUUUUAAAUGUUCUUCAAAAUAUUGGUUGUCUCAGACAUACAUAGUUCCAUAAGAGUAGCAACUACAUUUCACACAUAGCUAAAAGUCUGCAAAGAUUUAAUGUUUGUAAUGUUAUGCAUAAAAUGAAACCAACUUAAAAAAAGUUUUUUCACGCCAAUUGCUGUAUUUUCAAAAUGGAAAUCAUUUUGCCAAAGAUUUUUGAUUCACACGGUUAUAACAAAUCUUUUAUUUAGGAAAUACAGUACCAGUGUAUAUAGCUAUUACAACAAUUAUCAUACUAGUAAGAUUGGAGUCUUCUUAUUUUUAUACAUUUUAGUCUUUGUUUUGUUUUACUGCUGCUUGUAAAACAAUCAUUCACUAGAAUGAUUUUCAGUGAUAUUUAAAGUUAAGAUAAUAGAAAGUUUGCAUUCAGAUAUUAACAUGUGACAUUAGAAGUAUGUGCAUUCCUUUUUACAAAUGUAAUGAAAAUAUUUAUUUUGAUCAAAAGUAACUUGGCUUUUCCUAAUGGCUGUUUUGCUGACUUUUGCAAUGCAGCAUUGUCAGGUGGUUUGAUUGCCUUAACGUAAUUAUUUCUGAGCUCACAGUUCAGCAGUAUUUUAUAAAAUAAUUAAUGAAAUAAAAUUCCAAAAAUAAAAAAUCCACAUUUUAAUCUGUCUAUGAAAUACUUAAACUGAAGCAUCUUCAACAAGUGAUUUAAAAUAGUUUUGAAUUUUUUCUUCAUCGCUAACGAGGAGCAGCUUUCAGAGUGAAAACAUGAACAAAGGGUAAACUAAGCUCAGUUCUUCAUUUAAUGUUAUGCAUUUCUUUUAGUAAAAUGAAUAAUAUGUUUUGAUUUCUUGGUGGAUGUGUCAGGGCACCACCACUGUCAAGCUUCUUUAAGAUGUUACUGAACAGUAUUGCCUUCUUAGAAUAUCUCUCCUUUCUUUCUUUGUUUCAUGUGUAUACUUACACAUUGUAAAAUAAAAGCAGAAAGGAAAUAAAUAUAUUUUAAUACAGCUUUUUUGGCCUUUACACAUUUUAGUUUUUUUAAGUGUUUAAAAUAUAAUUUCACAAUAAUGAAAUAUUCGUAUUGUGCAAAAAAGUUGUAAUUGAUUUGUCAGAGCAGUAAUUGAAUAGAAAUAUUAGUGCUACUUUCUCCAUGAAAGAUUAAUAUAUGUUAAACAAACUGGUUAAACUGUGUUUCCUCAAAGGAAAUAUGUAUUUUGAAUUCAUUUUAUAAUAUAAUUCAACAAUUUUUUAAAUCUUAUUUUGUGGGGAAAAAAAAUUUCAUACAUGUCCAAAUUAUGAUAGGUAUGUCAUACACUAUAAUGUUGUAUUUUGUUAACAAUUUCAAUCAAGUUUUUACUAGAGCCAGUAUUGUAACACAAUGAUUUGCUAAGAAUCGCACAUUCAUUAAAAUUUUAAAGUGAAGUCCUUUCUUAAUAACACUUGCCUAAAUAGUAAUAAAAUAAUUACUAAAUGGCAUCACUGCCAAUUAAUAUACGACUAUCUUGACAUUCUCUUUAAAUUGCUACAGAAAACAGAAGGUGUCUCAGAUAUCUUUAGUAAUAAAAAGUAAGAAGGAUAAUGUUAACCUGAAUCAGUAUAUCUUAAAAGAAGUAUUUUAAAAUGUUAAGAAUUUUAAAUCAUCACCAGUGCUACCCUUUAUGUUAAAACUGAGGAAGUAGCAUAAAUUCUGAUGUCAGUCAAUAUCUACCAAUAAAUGAUUAAAAAGACACAGUUCAAGGACCUGUGAAGUGAAAAGUAGUGUUCUAUAUACUCCCCCACUCAUUAAAUCAUGGCAGUUGAAAAUUCAAAGUGUGUGUAUGUAGGAAGGAGAG